AUUCAAGCUUCCUCUGCGCAGGACAGGGACAGACAAAGCUGAGCAGCACUGUGGACUUCGCCUGCAAGGGCAGCUGGCGCUCUUCAGCCGCUAUGUGUCAAUGGUAGAGAAUCAAGCAACCCUAAAGAUUGUCCCCUAGAGGAGUCAAGUAAUUGGAGAGAUGAAGGAAAAGCAGGCGCAAAUGCUGUGGGAUGAGGUUGACGCUGCGGAGAGGCACCUGUUGUCUGGCGCCUUCUCCAAAGCGCAGGCCGCCGCUGCCGCCGUGCUUCUGAAGGCUUCGUCACUGAGGACCUCUGGGAAGUCUGCCGGGGCAGAUCUCAAUGAUAUUGUGGAGUCGUCCGCCAUGGUCCUCUUGCAAGCACAGCACGAAAGGAGAAGGCAUGACGAGCUGGAGGGUCAGUUCCUCAAGGCCUUCUCAAAGCUGGACGCCAUACCCCCCGAGGUGUUUCUCACAUGGUCAUGUCUUCGGAUUAAAGCUGGCGACAAAGACGGUGCAGAAGAGGCUGUUGCGGAGUAUCUGAAGUUACGAGGCAAGGAGCUCGAUCGGCGGGCCGGGUGCUCUCUGGCGGGCUUAUACACCCUGGACCUGCUCUGCGAACACCGUAACACUCCUCAGCAGGCGGAAGACUGGUUGCACGAGCAGUCCGGAUGGCUGGACGGGGCAACGAUCAGGUUGCUGCUCAAGAAAGUGAGAAGGCGACAGCUGCGCUCGAACUCUGCUUCAAAACGCACCGUCGAGGCCCCAGACCAAAAGACAAACGGACACCUCCCAAGCCCUGCUCCUUCUGCCGAUUGCCCUGCCAAAGCCACCUCCGUACCUUCAUCGUCACCGUUCAUCGAUCCUCCAGAAACCUCUAACCGAGACAGCGCCCUUCCCGAGCCGUCAAGCAGCGUAGAUCAAAGAGGCGUGUUCGAUCCGCCGCCCAACCCUUCGGAGCGGAAUGGCAGUCGAGAUCUGCGGCUAUCAUCUGCGGGUCCGCGCAGCGGCUUCCUGUCGUGGCUGCUAUACUGGGCGGCCUUGGCUCAGGGCUGGUGGCGAAGGGCCUGGCAGAACGGACACCAAAAGUGGCGCCAAGUGACGGAAGACGGGGGUGGGCGGGCUCUUCUAACGGUGCUCGCGGCGGGGUUGUUCCUUUACGCAGUUAUCAAGGAGCGGGCCACACUUAAAAGGCAUCUUCGGAAGGCGCUUCACAGCUGUCAGCAAAAUCUCUCGGAUCUCUACGAGUUAGCUUUUAGCUACAGCAUGAACCCGUUGGCCACUGCCGCUCAAUUGAGCGCCCAAGCUGUACCCCGAUCGUGAUUUGUAGCCGUCAAUAAAUUAGAUGGCACUAGGUAGAAUUGCAACCGUCAUUGUAAACGAUCAUGUCGGCGCACAUACAAGCCA